GUGGCGAUGGUGAAGGAGAGGAUCCGGGUGUACGCGCGGGUGAAGCCGCUGGGCAGGCGGCAGCAGGCGGGGAGUUAUUCACUGGAUGAUGAGGAAUCUCUGCCCAGUCUGGAGAUUACGGUUCCACGUGACUUAGCAGAUGGGUUCAUCAAUAAUAAACGAGAGAUCUACAGGUUCAAGUUUCAGAAAAUUUUUGAUCAAGAGACAAAACAAGAUGUGGUUUUUGACAGCAUUGCCAAACCAGUAGCAGAAUGUGUUUUGGCUGGAUAUAAUGGAACUAUCUUUGCAUAUGGUCAGACCGGCAGUGGCAAAACUUUUACCAUCACAGGAGGAGCGGAACGUUACAGUGAUCGAGGCAUCAUUCCCAGGACUCUGUCUUAUAUCUUUGAUCAGUUGCAGAAGGAUAGCAGUAAAGUAUAUACAACUCAUGUUUCCUACUUAGAAAUCUACAAUGAAUGUGGUUAUGAUCUGCUGGACCCAAGACAUGAGGCCUCCAGAAUGGAAGAUUUGCCAAAAGUGACAAUAAUGGAAGACUCUGAUCAAAACAUACAUCUGAAAAACCUKUCUCUUCAGCAAGCAACCAAUGAAGAGGAAGCCUUAAACCUACUCUUCUUGGGGGACACCAACAGAAUGAUUGCUGAGACACCAAUGAAUCAAGCCUCAAGCCGAUCUCACUGCAUUUUCACUAUUCACAUCUCCAGCAAGGAACCUGGAUCUGCAACUAUCCGACGCUCCAAGUUGCAUUUAGUAGACCUUGCUGGAUCGGAACGUGUUGCAAAGASUGGAAUUGGAGGUCAAUUACUGACAGAAGCCAAAUAUAUCAACCUGUCAUUACAUUAUUUGGAGCAGGUAAUAGUUGCCCUUGCAGAGAAAAACCGGUCCCACAUUCCUUACCGAAACUCUAUGAUGACCUCAGUGCUGAGAGACAGCCUGGGAGGCAACUGCAUGACCACCAUGAUAGCAACACUCGCUAUGGACAAAAGAAACAUAGAUGAAUCUAUAUCAACCUGCAGAUUUGCACAGCGAGUUGCUCUUAUUAAGAAUGAAGCAGUUCUUAAUGAAGAAAUUGACCCCAGAUUGAUGAUUAUCCAGCUGAAAAAGGAGAUCCAGGAUUUGAAGGAUGAGUUGGCACUGGUGACUGGCAAGCAAAGAACWUCAGAGCUUUCUCAAGAAGAGCUACUUCAGUUGGAUGAGUUAAUUGAAACAUUUCUCAAUGAUGAUGAUCCCGAUAGCUCUCUGGAUGUUGGCACUGACAUGCGCAAGAUCAAGUAUUGCUUCGUUUGUAUGAAGGAACUAAUUCACCGUUCAUUGACUUCUGAAGAAAACCUGCUCUCACCAGACAUCUCUGAACAAAAAUACAUUAACAAAGAAGCAGGAGAAGAACUGGAAAAAUUGAAAGAACUUUUGCAACAAAGAGACAAUGAAAUCAAUAUUCUGGUAACUAUGUUAAAAAAAGAGAAAAAAAAAGCACGAGAUGCUCUUUUCCAGCUUAAUGCCACCUCUGCUGGUUUUACAGACUUGGAGCAGUCUCCUUCUAUGAGCUUGGAAGAAAGUCAGAGUCCAUCUACAUGUUUUAGUCUGAGAGACGCAAAAGAUUUCAGCUCUUCUGUUGCCAAACUACCUUUUCUUUCCAGAGACACAGGAGGAAAGAUGUCGCUUGGAUGUCAGGAAGCUUUUGAAGUCUUCAAGUGGGACCAUGCUGACAGUAUAACCAUUGAGGACAACAAAGAGCUUCUGAAACAGAGAUUUGAUGAAGCUAAAUGCCUUGGAGAACAACUGAAUGAAAUGAGAAAUAAAAUAAACCAUCUGAAAGGAAAGAUAAUCCAGAGGCAGAUUCAGAGAGCAGCUCUAGCUGUUUCAAAUCCUUCUGAAGGACUAACCUUUGAUUCAGUAGAAGAGAAUCUUCGGAUGCAAAUUGAAGAAGAAAAAAAAAGCUAUAAAGCAGUGUACAAUCGCUUCAAAGGGCUGAAGGUAGAGAUUGAACACCUGCAGCUUCUUAUGGAAAAAAUGAAGAUGAAGAUGCAGAAAGACUUUGAAGUCUGGUGGUCUGAAGAGACAAAAAUAAUCCAGGAAAAGCCAGAGAUGGUCACCUCACCAAAUACUGUGACUGUUUAUCCGCAGUGUAGUGGAUCUUCGCAGCAUCUAUUAACUAACAGUUUUCCAGAUACCAAAAGAGACAGCCCUUAUGAAGAUCCAGCUGUGAAAAAUGAUUUCUUUACUUUUAGUACCCCAACUUCAAAAACAAGGACCCCACCAAGUUCAUCUAUUCCUCUGACUGGAGACAGCCAGACUGAUGCUGACAUCCUAGCUUUCAUUAAAGCAAGACAGAACAUCCUGCAAAAGAAAGGUAAAUCCUGCCAGAAAAUAGGAAGCCAACCCAAAAUUUCCAGUGCAGCAUUUUAAAGCCAAAAUAGCUUUAGUCUGCA